CUUUCACUUCCUUAGCAUACUCCGGCUGCCGGAGAUCUUGCCUCUGCUGCUCCUCCGGUCACCGAUCAACCGCAGGAGGAAACAGCUCUGCAUUUAGCAAAAUUUGUUGAGAAGGGUGUCGAAGUCAAGCCCACUGGGGGAAGGAAAGAUGGAAGAGGAUCCGCGAACGUCUCCAGAACUAGCUUAUCAUGUUGAUGGUACAGAUACAGAGUAUAUAUCAGGACUUAGUACUUUAUUGGCUGCCACAAUCCAGGAAACAAAAGAAAGUGUUUCUCAGAUAGAAUAUCUGUUCUGCAAGCAAUUAUUUCCAGAUUUUCAAUCAAAAUUGAAAAAGAUAUAUUCUGAAGCAAAGAAGGCUGCAGAAGAUGAAUGGAGGAAGAAGGAAAAUGAUUUGAUGGUUCAAGUGAAAACACUCCAAUCUGAAAAGCAGAAGGUUUUUGAAGAAAACCAGGUUCUAAAGAUGGAGAACAGCAAGGUAAAGAAAUUUCCAAGACCACCAUUCAAGCAUGCUAAUGAUAUUGAGGAGGAGCUGAAAAGAAAGACUAAAGAGGUAGCUGAGAAAAGAGAAUUACAACAGACCUUACGUGAAUUUCUUGAUUCAAAGGCCUCCAUGGUAUAUGACAAUGAAAAGAGACUGAAGGAGCUUGAAGAGGAAAAUAGCUUGCUUCGAGAGAAAACUCAUGUACAUGAUCUUGAGGUCGAGGAGUUAAAAUUGAAGCUGAGAAGCAAGUAUAUGAUAAUCGAAGAGAAAGAGGAAUCAAAUUGUAAGCUACUCCAGUUAGUUCAGUCAAAGGUCUUGCUCAUAGAGCAGAAAGACCAACAAUUAAAAGAUAAAGAUGAUAAAAUGAAUAACCUUUUCACGAAGCUUCACACUUUAGAGAAAAAUUUUGAUGAGAUGCAGGAGGAACUUAGAGAAAAGACUAAGGAAGUACAUACAAAAAAGGAGUUUCAAGAAACAUUGCUCAUAAAAUUGAAAACACAAGCCUUGGAGAUUUUGAAGACUAGACAGCUUCUAGAUAACUGUGAAAUGGAGAAUAGAGUACUUACAGAUCAACUACGAAUUCAGGAGGAUAAUUGUAAAAGGCAACAACAGCUGAUCGAACAGAAUGGUUCCAACAAUUCAGAGUUGAUGAAGACCAGACAUGACAUGGAAGAGCUUCAAAAGGAGAACAAAUUGCUUAUUGUCAAAUUAAAAGGCUUGGAGGAGGAAGUUGAUAAGCUUCAAGUGAAUCUCAGAGAGAGGAGCAACGAGUCAACUGAAGGAAUGGAAUUGCAUGGGAAAUUGCUUCAGCAAAUUGAAGGCAAGAACAGUGAGAUAAUGAUGGAGAAGCAGAAAAGAAGGGAAGUCAUAGAUGCUUAUAAGAAGCUCAAAUCUCAGUACAACUAUUUAUGCUCAAAGUCAGGCCUAACUCAAGAGAAUAUGCUUGACAGCACCAGCACAAAAGUUAAUAAAGACCCGUUAGUCCAUGAUCAGAAUAUAUUGAAUUCACCUGACGUGGGUGGGAAGUCUCUGAAUACGCCAAUGGCUGAUUGGGAAACAACUAACCAGAACAUAAACCAACAAAACUCCGAAGACAACAAAGAAAUUAGAUUGAUACAUGGAUCAAGCUCGGGUUCCCCUCUUGUAGCUCAACCUGACAGCAACCAAAAGACAACCUUGCGGUCAGGAACAAAACGUCCCAUUUCUCAUUGGAGAGACAUGAGGCCUACAAAAAACAGAAAUGGAGCAGACCUACAUGAUGAUUUUCUCGAUACUCCAUUGGAGAACAUCAAAGAAGACUUGAAAAAAGGUGCAAAGGAAGAAGAGAUUCAUCAUCUUCCAGGUACGGUUCCUAAAGACAUGAAUUUCGACAGCUCUGAUGAUGAAACACAGGAUUUAAGCACUGCUGACGGUGGUCUACGAAGGUCCGAGAAGAAAAGUUUUAAGUAUGUUGAACCAGUAAGAAAGAAAGCCGAGAGGGCUAAUCUGAAGGGAGUUGAAUGCAAGCAGUGCAAAAAAUUCUAUGAUGCUGUUCUUCCUGAUGGCAGUGGGGACAACAAUAAGCAGAAUCUACGUUGUGAGCACCACGAGGGUGUUUCCAGGCAUCGAUACAGGUUUGCACCUCCCUCAACUCCUGAAGGUUUUUGGAAUAUUGGAUUUGAAUCUGAAAUGUGAGUCGCCUCUUGAAUCGUAGAUUGGCCAUAUUUGAUAAUGAGAUCAGAUUGAACUUAUUCUAUUCAAUCUGAAGGUUACUGAUUCAAACCACAGAUGCUAUGACUCCUUUCAGAACUUUUAGGAACUUAGUCAUCCUUGUCAUUUUCAUUUUUCCAAAAUUGGGAUUUUCUUCAACUUUGCUUUAUUAGAGUUAGA